UGAAGCGCCUGGUUUAGAUCUCAGGGUCACCAGAUUUCCUAUGGACAAUAGUCCUCACACUGAAGGUCGCGUGCGCAACAAGAGCGUUAGCGGCGAAAAGUAUAUGGUUGUUUGGGACAAUUGUAAGUAACAAACAUUUGUCAUCGCACUGCCACCUUAAUAUUGGUGUACUGUUCGACGAGAGUUAGGUUUCACUGGUGUAACAGAAUUUCAUACUGUUCCCCAGUCUCCUGAUUUUGGGGGAUUUUAUAGUCUUUUCCAAAUCCAUACGAAAACCCGUAGUUUCCAUCAAAGUUUGGGGAAGGUAUUGGAAAAAACACAAAAUGUACCCAAAAAGCUUCUGAGUUUCUCCAGGCCUGGAAAGAUUUAGGGUUUUGUGUGCUAUUUCCCCAAAACGUUCUACUGUAGUUUUCGCCAAGUUUACCCAAAACUUACAAAAUUUUCGUGAAAGUCGAGAAAUAAAGUUUCCAAAGUGUCAGAAUGCAAAAAUGGGCAACUUUCAUAUUUGCUUGGUGUAUUGUAAUUCAUUUUCGUGCCAUUCGGUAUACUUUUUGGAGUACAAAAUUUAUCUACAAUGGGGGUACUGAAUCACCAGCUACUUUUGUGCAUGUCGAAGAAUUAUCUGAUCCUGAUAAAGCUUAUAAAAUAUUUUUAAAAAAUCACACUUGUUAUGAUUUAAUUCCAUUGAGUGCCAAAUUAGUCGUGUUCGAUGUCACAUUGAAUGUAAAGAAAGCAUUUUUCGCUUUAGUUUACAAUGGUGUACGUGUAGCUAUAUUGUGGGAUUCCACUGAACAGAAACAUAUUGGCAUGUUGACUAUUACGGAUUUUAUACGCAUAUUACAUCGGUACUAUCGUUCACCAGAUCAACCAAUGACUGAAUUAGAAAAGCAUCAAAUUAAAACAUGGAGAGAACAAUUAACAGAAUAUCAACGUUCAUUAAUUUUCAUAACACCUGAAAGUACUUUAUUAGAUGCUGUACGUAUGUUACUCAGGCAUAAAGUUCAUCGUCUCCCUGUAAUUGAUCCAAUCAGUGGAAAUCCAUUGCACAUAUUAACACAUAAACGUGUACUGAAAUAUUUACAUAUUCAUCUUUCUGAACUUCCCUAUCCUUCAUUUAUGUCGAAGAAACUAAGUGAUGUCAAUGUUGGCUCAAUGACAAAUGUAUGUGUAGUUAAUCAAAAUUGUCCUGUUCAUAAAGCUUUACAAUAUUUCAUUGAGUAUGGUGUCUCAGCGUUGCCUGUUGUCGAUCAAGAUGGUCAAUUAAUUGAUAUUUAUGCAAAAUUUGAUGUAAUUAAUUUGGCAGCGACACGAACGUAUCAAAAUUUGGAUAUUAGUGUAUAUGAAGCUUUGGAUUAUCGACGUGGAAAAUUCCAAGGUGUUGCAACAUGUCAACUAGACGAUACUUUGGAAGUGAUUGUGAAUAGAAUUGUUGACGCUGGCGUACAUCGUUUAGUAGUUGUUAAGGAUAACAAAGUAUUAGGUAUUGUUUCAUUAUCAGAUAUUUUACGUUUUUUAAUUGCUGAACCAACUGUACAAAAGAUCAUUUCAAAUUAAUUCACAUAAAAAUGUAGUUGAACUUAGUUCUUCGUCUUAUUCGCUUCUCAUAAUGUAGACAUAAUAGAAUAAUCUUUCUUCUUCUUCUCGUUUCUAUGUGAAAUACACAGACACACACGCACACACUUCUACAUCUAUCGGUAUAGCAACAUGUUUUCCCUUUCGUCGAUUUUUUUGUAAUUUUCAAAUCUAGUCAUUUAAUAAAAAUAUUUAUCUGACUAGUUGAUUAAUUAUGUUUAGUUUCCUGAUGUUUAUUUAUUCUUUUUUUGGCGGGGGGGGACAAACCCUAUCAUCUUAAUAUAUAUAUAUAUUAUAUGUACACAUAUGAAUUACUGAUGUAUAUGCAUUUGUUGUAAUGAGGGGGGGGGAUGUAUGCAUGUUUUGUAGGUGUUAUAACAUGCUCAACCGCUUUGAUUUUUUUUCUUGUUGUUGUUGCUGUAUGGUUUGAACCGAUGCUUCUUCUAUUUCAUUUGCUCUAAAUUUUUUUGUUUUUUCAAGUUAACUUUUAUUCAUUGUAAAUUACUUGUAAUUUCGAUUUUUGUCUUCCUUUUUCUUCUUGUUAACAAUACUACUUUAAUAAUAAUAAUAAUAAUAAUA